UGGUCAUGUGACUUCCUGUUAGCUGUUAGUGGAGUGCACCGCCGCAUCAUCGUUUUAUGUCUGACAUCAACAAGGACAAAGAAACAUUAGCUCUCUGGCAUUAGAAACUGUUUUUUUUUUUUUUAUUGUUGUUGUGGCGGCGAUCUGCCAGGCAGCCAGGAAGACAUGCUGAGGCGAAGGCCUUCCAACGCCUCAGAGAAGGACCAGGCGCAAAAGAAGAAGCUCACCCUGCAGAGGUCCAGCAGCUUCAAGGACUUCAUGAAGCCCAAAGUGAUUUCCCCGGGCACCUCUGAGAAAGAAUUUACCAUCAACGAGUCCGUGGAAGAUGGCGUGGCGGAUGGAGGCAAGAGCGGCAGCAGGCUGGGCAAGACGUGGCGCAAUGUCAUGUCCCGUACGAUGACCCGCAAAACCUCCAAGAUGGUGCAGAAGGUUCUGUCAGAGGACGGGGGGGGGAGCAGUGAGGAGGUGUCCACCUUCCAGCCCGGCUGGCUCCCAUCAGGCACGAGUCCAGGCCAGAGGACGUCCCUGUGCUCCACAGGCUCCGAGGACACCGUGCCCAGUCCGCUCAGCUGCCCUUUUUCCGGCAACAGUGACCGACAGAGCCUGGACAGCGGGUACUGCCAGAGGGACAGCCUGCGACUGGAGGACAGCGCCUACAACGGACCCUUCUGCGGACGAGCCCUGGUGCACACCGACUUCAUGCCGAGUCCUUACGACGUGGAGUCGCUGAAACUUCAAAAAGGGGACGUCAUCCACAUCAUCGAAAAGCCACCUGCCGGCACCUGGACGGGGAAGCUCAACAACAAGGUGGGCUCCUUCAAGUUCAUCUACGUCAACCUCCUGCCCGACGACAGCCCCCCGGCCAGGAGGAGGCCUUGCAGCAGGAAAAUCAGCAGGACCAAGUCCAGACCGUCGACCCUGGACGAGGUUCUGGACAGCAUAGGUUUGUUGGAACUCACUUCCCUGCUGUCCAUGCACGGCUUCCAGAGCCUGGAAGACUUCAGUGGCCUAAGAGAAUCUCACCUCAAUGAGCUGAACAUCACGGACCCAGACCAGCGCUCCAAGAUCUUGACCGCCAUCGACCAGCUCAGAGAAUCCGAGGAGGAAUGCAGCCCAGAGGAACAAGAAGAUGAUAACGAAGAGGUGGAGAAGGAGGAGGACAGAUCCAUGGGGGACGCCAAGGACACCAGGGACUCGGGAUGUUUUGAGAGUUCUGAGCAUCUGGAGGUUGGAGGCGAGGAGACAAAACCCGAGGAUGAAGAUGAGACAAAAGCAGGGGAUGAGGAGACACAUCUAGAGGAUGAGGAGACAGACAAGGAGACACAUCUAGAGGAUGAGGAGACAGACAAGGAGACACAUCUAGAGGAUGAGGAGACAGACAAGGAGACACAUCUAGAGGAUGAGGAGACACAUCUGGAGGAUGAGGAGACACAUCUAGAGGAUGAGGAGACAGACAAAGAGACACAUCUAGAGGAUGAGGAGACAGACAAAGAGACACAUCUAGAGGAUGAGGAGACACAUCUAGAGGAUGAGGAGACACAUCUAGAGGAGGAGGAGACACAUCUAGAGGAUAAGGAGACACAUCUAGAAGAUGAGGAGACACAUCUAGAAGAUGAGGAGACACAUCUAGAAGAUGAGGAGACACAUCUAGAGGAUAAGGAGACACAUCUAGAAGAUGAGGAGACACAUCUAGAAGAUGAGGAGACACAUCUAGAAGAUGAGGAGACACAUCUAGAGGAUAAGGAGACACAUCUAGAAGAUGAGGAGACACAUCUAGAAGAUGAGGAGACACAUCUAGAAGAUGAGGAGACACAUCUAGAAGAUGAGGAGACACAUCUAGAAGAUGAGGAGACAGACAAAGAGACAGAAGAGGAGCUCCAAGGUGAGGAAGCAGAAGCCAAGGGGGAGGAGUCCCCAUCAGAAGCACUGGAUGAUGCUCGGCAAGACCUGCAAGAACUGAGUGUGCAAGAGGAUGGUUCUUAAAAGACUCCAAAGAAAUGGUCAAAAAGUUUUGGUGGACAGAAGCUUUAAGAGCUGAAGAAGCUUGUAUACUGUAACCUGUGUCAUAUUGCAAAGUCUUUAAUGCCGUUUGCUGUAAAAUGUUUGCACUUCACAUGGAAAUGUCCCCACUGUGACCUUCUCCAUUGGUCAUGGUCUUCUUGCAGCACGGGAAAAUUAUUUUUUCGAACGUUUUUCGAAGGUACUUUGUCUUUACUUGUAAUGUGAGAUGUUUUCUGUAAAUAGUGACCUGAGACGUGUACUCCAUUGCUGUCACAGUUUAAAGACAGUCAAAACGCAUCAACUAAAAUUCCUAAUAAAACAAAUAUUUUUUGUCA